CAAACAGUCGUCCUCACAUUCACAUUCACUCUCUGCGACUUAUACUUUACUCGCGGGGCCGUAUCGGCUAGCAACCAACUUUCAGCCUCAACGGAAAUCGCCAACACUACCGACCCUCUACCCAACUCUUCCCCCUACACAACGGAAUCUCAACCACAACCAUGGAUUAUGAUCUUUACACUCCCCCUUCGGAUCUUGGCGAUCGACAAGAAAUCCAAGGCGAGAUCGAUUUCAUUCACACUGUAGUUGCAACCCUGGACCCAAAGAGCCCUCAGUACGAGGAGGCCAUGGCCCACUAUUACGGUCAGCUCGACAAUAUGAAUAGGCAACUGCGCCAGUGUUCCACUGUCGCAACUCCUGCACCUUCGUAUCCUGUUGCAAUGGGGACUUCGAACUACCAAAUGCCAAACGAGGUUUCUAGCUAUUCUAAGCCAAAUGGAGGUCCAAGCUACUCGACGCAAAAUGGAGGUUCAAACUAUUCGGUAUCAAACGGGAAAUUUAGCUCUAACCUUCAACCCCAUUCCAAUGCGAGUCAACGUCGAUCCGAACUAUCUUUUCCGGGAUAUGCUACGUCUUCUCUUCCCGUUCGAUCUCAACAGCACGACAGCUGGAACACUCAGCUGCAGGUGCCUAUCCAGUCUAGCAAUUUCAUAGACCUUACACAGGACGACGAUGAUCCUUUCAUUGAGACAAAAGACGCCUUCAUGCCCGGAGUGCAGCCUUCUUUCGACAUUUCAAAUCAGACCUUCAUGAAUAAUGAUCAACUGGCCAAUUAUCUGUGGGAUCCGGCGGCUCCCAAGAUGGAGAUUCCGGCGCUGCAGACGGUGAGGCCGUUUUCUUCCCAACUCAAUGGGCUGAACCCCCAACAAGAUUACAAUCGGGUAAACCACCUCAUGGAGGACAGUCACUCAACACAACUGUCGUCUUUGAUGGGCGUCGGUGGUGCAACAACCUGGGGUAAUCCCGUCCCGGAAACGGACUAUGACUAUCUUUUUGGUGGCCACGUGCCUGCUCCCGAUGAGCCUGAAGCCGUGCAAGACCUCAUCGAGAAUAUCAAAUUUGACCAAGAGGUCCGACCUGAUCAGCGAAAACCAACUCCCGUGGCCAUGAAGUCGACCCUAAUGGAGCAUCAAAAGAUUGCCCUGACAUGGCUGCUAAUGAUGGAACGCAACAAUACCAAAGGCGGGAUCCUUGCUGACGAGAUGGGUCUAGGCAAGACUGUUCAAGCACUGGCGCUGAUCCUGGCCAACCCUUCCGAGGAUCCUGCAUGCAAAACUACUCUAAUUAUAGCUCCAGUUGCCUUAAUGCGGCAAUGGGAGAAGGAAAUAGAGCGUCAUGUGAAACCGCAUCACCGCCUUAAGGUCUUUGUCUGUCACAACGAAGGGCCUAGGAAGAAACCUUGGAGCUCACUGCGCAAUUACGAUGUUGUUCUCACGACCUACGGCACUCUAGCUUCUCAGUAUAAAAGGAAGACUAACCGCCUUAAACAACAGGAACAGGAAAAGAAACAACAGGAAUUGGACCAGGAACAACAGGGAGGAGACGGAGGCCCUAAAAAGCGCCGCCGGAUCACUGAAUAUCUUGAACCUGACCUGGGCUUGGUUGGCCGCGAUUGCAUGUGGUAUCGUGUCAUUCUAGAUGAAGCGCAGUGCAUCAAGAAUCGAGAUACUUGGAGCUCAAAAGCAGCGGAUGAUCUGCAGAGCCGGUAUAGACUUGCGAUGACAGGCACACCGAUGAUGAAUUCUGUGGACGAAUUGUACUCACUUGUACGGUUCCUCAAGAUCCCACCCUAUAAUUCGUGGGCGAAGUUCAGGAUGGAUGUUUCAACACCACUCAAAAAAUCCGACCAUAUGCGGCAACAGGCAAUGCAGCGUGUGCAAGCUCUUCUCAAGUCGAUCAUGCUGCGUCGAUGCAAGACUACCUUGGUUGAUGGCAAAGAGAUUUGCCAGAUUCCCCCUAAAGAAACUCUCAUUCAGCAUGUCGAAUUUUCUGACGAGGAGAUGAGCUUGUACAAAGCGAUCGAGACGAAAUCUCAAUUACAGUUCAACAAGUACCUUGCCAAAGGCACAGUCAACAACAAUUACGCGAACGUUCUUGUCAUGCUUCUUCGGUUACGCCAGAUCUGCUGCCAUCCACACCUCGUUAAGGAUCUCGGCGUUCAAGCUUCUACGGAGAACAUCUCCGGAGAAGAGCUUGAGGACCGAGCAGGAAUGUUGUCGGCUGAAGUUGUUAACCGCUUGCGCAACUGUGCUGAUGAAGGGUUCGAGUGCCCGAUCUGCUACGAAACCGUAGUGAAUCCCACCAUAUUCAUACCCUGUGGCCACACUUGUUGCGGCGAAUGCUUCCAGAAGCUCAUCGAUCCGUCCCGUGCCAUCCAACAAGGUAUGGAGACUAGUGAGGCCAGGUGCCCCGAAUGUCGGAACGCCCUGAGCUCAAAAGAAAUCACCGAUUUCAUGCACUUCUGUAGAGUCCACAUGCCAGAGCUGCUUGACGACUUGGAUUUGCAGGAUAAUAGUGAGACCGAUAACGGCUCCGAAGACGAUUCCGACGAGGAGUCUGAUGGCGAGGAGUCUGGAGACGAUGUCGACAAGAACGGGAACCUGAAAAAUUUUGUGGUCGACACAGAAGACGACGAAGAGUAUCUGGAUGACGAACUCACUUCGGGCAAGGACGAAGAAGAAGAUGUGAAGCCUGCCAAGUCACAACGAGAAGACAAAGGCAAAGGAAAAGCGAAGGCGAAAAAGCCCAAAGUAACGCUUGCUCAGCUCAAGAAGGAUUCUCUCCGUAACAAAGACGCCAAGAGGAGAUAUCUCAAACGACUUCGUAAACAGUUCCAGACCUCUGCUAAGAUCGAAAAGACCAUGGAACUACUGAGCGAAAUCAACGCCAAGGAUCCCACCGAGAAGACGCUUGUCUUCAGCCAGUUCACAUCUCUCUUAGAUCUGCUCGAGGUGCCUCUGCAAGAGAGGAAGGUCAAAUACCAACGGUAUGACGGCAGCAUGAGCAUGAACGAUCGAGCCGAUGCCGUGAAUCAAUUCAUGGACAAUGCUAGUGAGACUGUAUUCCUCAUCUCCCUCAAAGCCGGCAACGCCGGUCUCAACCUCAACAAAGCGUCGCAGGUUAUUAUCCUCGAUCCAUUUUGGAACCCAUUUGUCGAAGAUCAAGCCGUUGAUCGCGCUCACCGGAUGCCACAGCAGCGUGAGGUCAAGGUUCACCGUGUCCUGGUGCCUGAGACGGUCGAGGAUCGUAUCUGUGCGUUGCAGGACAAGAAGCGCGAUCUUAUCAAUACGGCUAUGGACGAGGGCGUAGGCAAGCAAUUGACACGCCUCAGCGUCGGAGAACUUCGUUACUUGUUCGGAUUGUCUCCACACUAG